AUAUCAAUGUAAUUGUUAAAAUCGCGCUUGUUGUAGCACUUUAUAAAUAAUUUUACCAAUUGCCUAAAGAAUGUCGGAUUUUGAAGUAGACCGGGCAAUUAUAGAGCUACUUGUACCGUAACAAAUAGAAUUGAUCGAAUGUGUAUUUAAUGGCUUAAUACUUUGAACAAAAAUGCGGCUUCCAUUAAAGUAAAUAUGACAGUAGAGUUAUAGAUUGACCGGUACGGUUGGAUUUAAUUCAUCGGUUAGUUUUUGUCAAUAUUUUUGUGCUAAAUUGAAAUCAAUAUAAAUUUUAAUGCGGAUAAAUUGUGUAUAAUUUCUGUUUCGUUCAUGGAACAAUAUCUGAAAGAAUAUACACUGUGAAGUGACUUCGUUAUUAAGAAUACUUGGAGUAUGCGACAGUUAUGUAUGUUAAGGUUUAACCAAGAGAAGCUGAAAAUAAAUCCUUGUUUUAUAACAAUUUUGUACUGUUCUUGUACCAACCCAGGUCGGGACCUGGCUAAUUCUCGACAGUAAUUAAAAUACCCGAUCACGUGUUGCACGGGUAACGGAGGAAAUGGGGAAUAUAAUAGAGAAACUACAAAGUUGUCGACAUCGUAUGAAACAUCUAACUGAUGUAUUUGAUGGAAAAGAACCGCGGGUAUUGAUCCUAGGACUGGACGGUGCAGGCAAGACGACGAUAUUGUAUAAGGCGAGGUUGGACGACACAAUAUUUGCAAAUGUUCCACCUCGGGGUAUAAAUAUUGAACUAAUGACACCACGACGAGGUGCUACGAUACAAGUGUAUGACAUGCCCGGCAGUAAACUUACACGUUAUUUGUGGCCAAACUGGUAUAACUGUGCAGAGGCCAUUGUUUACGUUGUGGACAGUUCGGACAGUGUCCGGAUAGACGAGGCAAAGUUCGAGCUUCAUGAUAUACUGCAGUCAAGUUACCUUAGACGAGUGCCGCUCAUUGUAGCAGCGAACAAACAAGAUAAAGAUGGUGCUUUGAGUAACGAAGUGAUUACAGCAGAGUUAGACCUAACGUCUAUUGAAGACCGUGACUGGUCAAUACAUGGAACAUAUGCACUCAAAGGUACAGGAAUUAAACAAGUGUUUUUGGAUGUUGUAGACAAAAUCAAAGCGUUUAGACAAUACAAGGCUUCUCUGAUUGCUCAAAAUACAAUAAGAAAAUCACAAAUUGAAAAAUCAAACGGUGUCCCUGGUGAAACUAAUAUAGAAAUUACUGACAUUGAAAUCAAAGAUUCUAACGACAUAGAUAAAUCAAACUCGUUGUUUGAAUCCAUUAAGAAAAAAGAUGAGUUGAAGAGUGAAGAAACGGCCUCAGCAGGUAAUAGUAGUGGGACUUCCGACAGUAACCCGGCGGAAUAUGAUCGACCACCGCCGGAUUUCGGAAUGCCGACAGAAGAAGGUGAUAUGAAACCACCAGACAGUCCGGAAGCUGAUAAGACAGACAUUAGCACGGAACAUGUUAAAGUUACAGAUUUAGACGAAGACUCAUCUGACUCAGAUACAGAAGAUAUUAAUGACGCGAAUAUUGAGGGUAACGAAAUAGGAAGUUUGUUCGAGUUUGAGGCAAACGCUCCCGUUGCUGUAGUGUAACAUCUCAAUACUGAACCAAAUCUCAUUACUGAACCAAAUCUCAAUACUGACCUUGAACGGUGUUGUUUAAACGGAUAUACAUGUAUCUUAUGUUGCAAUAGCCACCUUUCCAAAUUAUAUAAACUUUCUGGUCGACUGAAAUCCAGAAAAGUAUGCAAAUAGUUCAUAUAUAUGUAUUUAUUCCAUUCUAUUGAGACAGACAAACACAACUUACACGUCUGAGGUUAUUUUGCACUGUUGCAUUCCAUACUUGUUUUCGAAUAGCAAGGUAUACAUGGUGCUUUUCGAGUUUUGCUUGUGUAACACAUAUAUAAUACAUGUAGUAUUGAAACGGAUGCAAUCAAUUUGAUUGCCGAGACUACGGCAAUUUUUUAUAUAGAAAUUCAGUGAUGUAAAAUUUCAAUCUAUGACAAUGACUUAAGGAAUGACAAGUCUCAUCUACACAAUCAUAGCUAAUCAAAUAAAGUAGAGGGCUAUUUUCAGAGCGGUAAUACCUGGUGAUCUUAGCUGCUGUUUGAUCAAAUUCAGCCUUAGAAGUCGAGUUCCCUCUAUUAAAUUUGCUACUUAGUUUGUCCGGUUAAGUUAUGGACGGUAUUUUCUGUAUGUUUGUUCUGCUCAGAUACUCCGUCUGAAAUCAGGAAAUACUGUAAACUAGUGCAAGUAAAGCCUCUCUCUAGCAGAAAAGCUAAAGAUCGCAAUGUGAAAAGUAAAUAAAAGGAGAAGAUUGUGUUUUAAAGUAGGAUAAUAACGCUACCAGUCAACAAAGACCCGACUCUUGGCUUGUUGUGAUUGUGGCAUAUAAACCGUAUAUUAUGUUGGAUUGAUCAGAGUGAAACAAGGUUGAACUCAAGAUAUGAACCAUGUGACCGAACAAAGUGUUAUUAUGUGUUUGUUUGGUUAAUAAUUCGAUAUAUUUACAUUCACUUACAACUUUGUCGACAUUCCGGCUUCCCAGACCAUUUCAUAAUAUCAACAAAGUUAAAAUAGGUUAGGCUAUAUAUUAGCUUUUUUACAAACAAAUAAAAACCUAUAUGUUUGUACAAACAUGUACUUAAUCAAUACAUGUAUAUGCAAAAUAACAUCGAACAAUUGUUUAGGUUUUUAUAUGAGUCAGGUUUUCCAUUUCUCAUUUAUAUUAAAGGUUGAUUGCUUUAAACAUAUUAAUUUAACAAGUUCUACCACUUUCGAGUUCGCUUCCUGGAACCAACCAGUACUGGUGCCAUAUGAAGAAACAUGGUCGUGAUCCGAGUAGGGCUCGAACCUAUAAUCUCUGGGUUGAGAGGCAGAUGCCUUAACCACUAGGCCACCUAUAGUUUACAUGGUCCACGUCUGUCAACCAGUAUUCUGGGUGCUUCAAAUAUACAAAAAUUCAUUCAUCGUAACAUCUUUGACUGACCAAUUUUAACUACAAUGUUUAAGAGAGAUUUUAGCACUGUUUUAGAUGUUACAAUUUUAAAGUGGGAUAAUUACAGGUUUCACGUUACUUGUAUAUUUUAUGCAUAUAUAUUUGUUUAUGACAGCUGUUUCGGUCACUUUAUAAACUGUGAUGUUUACUACAAUUUCAACCUCUUUACCUAUAUAUUAUGUAUUCCACAUUUGUUAUAAGAAUAUGUAUGGAACACAAAAUAAAUCAAA